UUGAUCAAUCGUUUUCUGGCAUCAGCAAUCGAGCGAUUGCGUGUAUACAUUGUGAUAUUUAGCGUUUAGAGAGGAUCGUAAGAAAAAGUUGGUGAAUAAGCGCAGGCAACAGCAGGCUUCCAUGCAAGCAGAGUAGCUUAUACUAAGUGCACGACGGUUCACAGAAAUUGAAGCUUUUACGCGUUAGGUGGUGCAAGCUGGCGAUUCGCCCUCUGCCACGGCGUUAACCCGUUUUCCCGUGAUGCGUCUCGGUCGUGUUUGUGCGGCAUUAGUUCAUAUUUUCGCUUGAUCGGUGUGGAGUUCUCUUUUCCCGUUGCUCUUUGUCGUGCGCGUAAGCUCUCCGUCAGUGUCAGUGCUCGCGGUGGUUGUCCGAAACACAAAAGCAAGGACUUACAUAAAACAAGGAAUACGUAUCUCGGGGGUGAUUUGCCCGAGGCAACACCAAGUGCACCAAAAUAAGCCUCGGAACGGAGGCCAGGCGAAAAAAGAAAUUCACAGCCAGCCGCUGCUGCCCGUGGAGCUCGGCGGUGGCCUCACCUAAAUAGGAAGAAAAGUGUCAGUGGCCGGAGGAAAAGAGUGGGGAGCAUAGAAAUCCGUACAACCGUAGCGCGAACGAGUAAACGAGACGGAAAGAGACUGUUCGAGAAGCACUAGCAGAAGCAGCAACGCCAGUAGCGAACCGGAAAAGAAACACAGCCGAGCGACUGUAGCGCUCGUGCAACCAUCGAAGCGCAGAUUUAUUUUCGAUAAAACAAAGCUCUCGAACUCGGAUUUCGGAAACCCUUCGUAGGAAAUGUCCACUCCAGCUCGCAGACGUUUAAUGAGAGAUUUCAAAAGGCUCCAGGAAGACCCACCGACUGGCGUGUCCGGUGCGCCAACCGACAACAAUAUUAUGAUCUGGAAUGCUGUGAUUUUCGGACCACACGACACACCAUUCGAAGAUGGUACGUUUAAGCUCACGAUAGAAUUUACCGAGGAGUAUCCAAACAAGCCGCCUACGGUGAGGUUUGUGUCGAAAAUGUUCCAUCCGAACGUUUACGCCGACGGAGGCAUCUGUCUGGACAUAUUGCAAAACAGAUGGAGCCCUACGUAUGACGUGUCGGCUAUUUUAACAUCAAUUCAGUCUUUAUUGAGUGAUCCAAACCCAAACUCACCCGCAAAUUCCAUGGCAGCGCAGCUCUACAAAGAAAACCGUCGGGAGUACGAGAAACGAGUGAAAGCCUGCGUUGAGCAGAGUUUUAUCGACUAGCCCCGUUCGCAUUGCUGUCUUUGUCCCGACCGUCUUCGCACCCAUUGUCGCCGCCGUCAUCUAGGCGCCUUCCACCCUGUACCGAUAUACCGAGGACAUCUCUGUUCUUCCUUCGUAUUCGCCGUGUACGCCACAAAUCUGCUGGGAGUUCCUCUUUGGUUCGACAAUGACGUCCGGCAUAUCGAGCAGCUGAUGUUUCGGUAACUUUUUUCGACAGUUCGUCGUUGCAACCGCCACUCGGAAAGAACACUUUCCGUCGGCGUUCAGUGCAUGCGCCGUCGCUAUCAGCAGCCGGCUCCGAACGGUUCUGUCCUCCGUUGCACUGUGACGCAAACUCAACCAUAUUGUGCAAUGUAUAUUAUCUGCUUUUUUAGGCAAUGCCUCAUUUGGUCGUCCUAUUUCAAUAUUCAUGUUUUUGUUUGCUCGCAGAUGCCCUACUGGGAUCCAUCGAGCAAAUAUCGAAUCACCUACAUGCUACAUUAAGAGCAUUGUAGUGAAACAAAUUUGCAAACGAAAAUAAAUUCCUUUGAUCAGUCCACUUCGAUUAUAGAUUGCAACCGAAUGGAUCGCAAUGGAAGAAAAGAGGAACAUGCUACUAACAGUUUCUUCACGCAACGUUUUCUGGUGCACGUAAAUAAUGUUCACUGAUACGUAAGACAAAGCUUGCGUGGCCGCCCAUUGUUCUGCCUGUACGAGUGCUAUAUCCCAGAAAAAAAGAGAGAAGAGCAUCCCUUAGAUCGCCAAAUUGAUUCCUGCCCAAGGCAUGAGCGAUUCAUGAAGAUUUUCAUUAUCGAAAUAAGCCGUCAGAUUUGUUGCAAAUCCUCAAUACCAAAAUAAACGUAAGAAAAAGAGUGUUUGAAGAAUAGAAAACAUUAAAAUUGAUUUGAUUUAAAAGGAGUUAAUAUAAAAACAAAUCUUGCUAUGAACAUAUUACAGGACCGAAUGUUGCAAUAGGAAGGCGUUGAAUGAAGUGUUUACGGAAAGUGUCGCUAAUAGUGUAGAGUUAUCGUCAUGGAAUAAAAUAUUGUACACAUUUAUGAACAUAACAUAUGUCGAAGAUGAUGUCAUCUUCAUUCACGUUUAUUAUUUACAGAUAGACUUUCACAAAGUACACCUGGAUGAAUAAUACAGGCCAGAACAGUAACAAACUGCACAGAUUACACCUAUCGGUUAGCAACUUUCGCUUCGAAAUUAGUAAAAACAAGAAUACACGGAAGGAUAGCAGCAGUUGAUGGUUUGCGCAAAAUGAUUCGUCAAAGAUGGCAUGUUAUGGUGAAAUAAUAUAAUAAUAUGUAAACAUAUUAAUUAUCGUUGCGAAAGUAAUCGACAAAUAAACCAGGGAAAGAUAGCAAUGAAAGCUCCGAGCGGGUUUACACCCAACCUAAUAGUAAUGGGAAGAAGAUUGAAAUCGACGCCACGUCUAUUGGUACUCAAGCAUGAAUACGACCUGAUAAUGUGUAAUAAAGCAACACAACAAAAUUAAGAGAAACUUAACUAGGAAACGGGAGGAAUACAAUGCAAAGUAAUACAAACAAUUAAAUGGUGAUGAAAUGUGUACCAGGGUACCAUUUUGAAUUGUGAAACGACAUAAAUUGAAAUAUGUAUGUGCAAAGCUGGGAAUCUGAAGCCAGGAAACUAUAACGAAACUAAAAAGUAUAAAUAAA